UUUGUAAGAUCGCUCGUGUCCCUUCGGUUGCCUGGCAACGCGCGUGGCAGUGGGCGCUCCUGACCUUGCGUCCGCGACCGCGCACAGCGCGCGCUCUUAAAAUAGACCCGGGGAGAUUGACGUUAAUUGAAAAUAAGAAAAACGCAAGAAGAGCCGAGCGCCGUUCACACGGCUCGACGGGGAAAAAGGGGGCAUGUUGGAUGGUGGGAACGAUGAGAUAUGAGAUUAUUACAGUGCACGCUCGGAUGCGAUACCGGCUGAGCGAUUCGGCAGGUUUGUGCUGAGAGGAUCUGUCUGCUGGAAAAAUGAACAGCUUCACCUGCUGAAAUCACCAACCAAUAUGGAGCACUUGGUGGUGCACACCUGGCUGCGGAGAUGCCCACUGGAUCUGCCUGAGUGUGUGGCGCGUGUUUGUUUUUGAGCGCUAGAGUGCGACUGCGUCAAAGCGGCGAGUGUCAUUGAGCUACAAACAGAGAUUUAUCAGUGUGAACGUGCGUGUGCUGUUAAGAGGGACCAUGUGGCACACACAGUCAGCAACUUACCUGCCGCUUACCCACCUGCUCUGCCGACCUCUGAACUUUGCUCUGUGUUGGCUGCUCGUGUGGUUGAUGUGGUCAGUCUCCAUGGCAACAGCGCUGACCUACCAGCCCACAGUAAACACAGCACUUGGCAGGCUAAGGGGGAUGCGGGUUGCUGUGGCAACGGAGGGUCUGGGCCCUGUGGAUCAGUACCUGGGUGUGCCUUACGCUGCCCCCCCUGUAGGAGAGAAGCGCUUCAUGGCGCCCGAUGCUCCAUCGGCCUGGUCCGGCGUACGGAACGCCACCCGCUUCCCUCCCGUCUGCCCGCAGACCGUUCGUAACGCGGUGCCCGACAUCAUGAUGCCCGUCUGGGCCACCUACAACCUUGACACGGUUGCUACGUACCUGCAGGAGCAGAGUGAGGAUUGUCUGUACCUGAAUAUAUACGUGCCCACACAAAGCGGUACAAAGAGAACGGGCGACAUGUCAGCUGACACAGAGCGUUCGGAGGAUGAUGGGCUUAGGGAUUCUCGAGAUGACCCGCGUCCUGUGAUGCUGUUUAUUCAUGGUGGCUCGUACAUGGAGGGCACGGGGAACAUUAUGGACGGUAGUGUGCUGGCCAGCUACGGCAAUGUCAUCGUCAUAACCCUCAACUACAGGGUGGGAAUAUUAGGGUUUUUAAGCACAGGUGACCAAGCAGCUAAAGGGAAUUAUGGUCUCUUGGAUCAGAUUCAAGCUCUUCGCUGGAUCAACAAGAAUAUUGGAUACUUCGGUGGUGAUCCGGGCCGCGUGACUGUGUUUGGCUCAGGAAUCGGAGCGUCCUGUGUCAGCUUGCUCACUCUUUCACACCAUUCUGAAGGUUUGUUUCACAGAGCAAUCAUUCAGAGCGGCUCAGCACUGUCCAGUUGGUCAGUGAACUAUCAGCCUGUGAAAUACACACGUCUCCUCGCGGAGCGUGUUGGCUGUAAUGUCCUUGACACACAAGACCUGGUCCUCUGCAUGCAGAAGCGCAGCUACAGGGAGCUGGUGGAGCAGGAAAUUCAGCCAGCGCGUUUCCAUGUGGCCUUUGGCCCUGUCAUUGACGGUGACCUCAUCCCAGACGACCCCGAAGUGCUCAUGGAGCAGGGGGAAUUCCUUAACUAUGACAUCAUGUUGGGCGUUAACCAGGGAGAGGGAUUCCGCUUUGUGGAGGGCGUGGUGGAACCAGAAGAGGGCGGAGUGUCUGGCUCAGAUUUUGACUUCACCGUAUCUGAUUUUGUAGACGGUCUCUACGGUUAUCCAGAAGGGAAGGACACUCUGAGAGAAACCAUAAAGUUCAUGUACACAGACUGGGCAGAUCGAGACAAUCCCGAAACUCGUCGUAAAACCCUCGUGGCCAUGUUCACGGAUCACCAGUGGGUGGAGCCGGCUGUGGUGACGGCUGACCUGCACGCACGUUACGGUUCUCCAACCUUCUUCUAUGCAUUCUACCAUCACUGUCAAAGCCCCAUGAAGCCUCCCUGGGCAGACGCCGCACAUGGUGAUGAGCUGCCCUAUGUGUUUGGUGUUCCACUUAUUGGUCCAACGGAACUCUUCCCCUGCAACUUCUCCCGCAAUGAUAUCAUGCUCAGUGCGGUUGUAAUGACCUACUGGACCAACUUCGCAAAGACCGGGGAUCCGAACAAGCCAGUUCCUCAGGACACUAAGUUUAUCCACACCAAGGCAAACCGUUUUGAAGAAGUGACAUGGGCCAAGUACAGUCCUCACGACCAGCUAUAUCUGCAUAUUGGGCUGAAGCCUCGUGUUCGGGAUCACUAUCGAGCUACGAAAGUGGCCUUCUGGAAACACCUGGUACCUCACCUGUACAACCUGCAUGACAUGUUCCACUACACAUCCACCACCACACGGGUCCCACCACUUCUGACCACACACAGCUCUCACAGUGCCACACCGCGCCCAGGAGGCAACAAGCCUCGUACUCCAGGUAAACAGCCUCCUCAGUCCACAGCACGCAGCGGGCCGCUGGUCAUCGCUAACCCGCGCGAUUACUCCACAGAGCUGAGCGUCACGAUCGCCGUCGGAGCUUCGCUUUUGUUUCUCAACGUCCUGGCAUUUGCCGCGCUCUACUACCGCAAGGACAAACGGAGCCGACAGGACACGCCCCCCCAGGCCGCACCUCAGCGCCAGACCCCGCCCAAUGACCUCAGCUACACGCCCACCUCCAUCUCAGGGGGUAACCAGGAGGAGGGGUCACUCUGCGACCCACUCCGUUUGACCCCGGCGUCAUCUCCGCGGGAUUACGCCCUCACGCUUCGCCGCUCGCCGGAUGACAUCCCGCUCAUGACGCCCAGUUCUGUCGCCAUGACCCCCAAUAGCGGCACGAUGACACCCAAUACAGUAACCUUGACGCCCAAUAGUGUUACAAUGACGCCCAACACCAUUACCAUGUCACCCAAUUCGUUGAUGGGGUAUCCCAGCAUGCACCCUUACAACACUUUCACACAUGGAUACAACUCCACCAGCCUGCCCCACCCACACUCCACAACACGCGUAUAACAUGCAACAGAAACGCCACAAGCGACACACCACACUCACAUCCCACAAAUCCUUACAACACAAUCACAGCGAGUGAUUACUGCAAACCAGAUCAAACCGGUGCAAGCAGUAUUCAAAAGUAAAUAGCAGGAGAAACCAAUACAUAACAUGAGCACAAUCACCUCCGAUUUACGGCACUAGUAUGAAGCAAGUACGGCCCAUCAGUGUAAACCAGACGGAAGUGUCACUGCAGCACAUUAACAUGAACGGUUUGGCUCAGUAUGAAUGCACUGCUUCACGUCUGACCUUUUAUGGUAUAUGAGCAGUUAAGAAACUUCUCUGUGGAAUAAGAUGAAAAAACGAGCAGAUUGCCUGAGGGUGAGCUGUAGUACCACUGCCGCCUCUGGGUGGUGCAGCAAGACUCUGAAAACCCCGCAGGUGGUUCGAUCCGCAAGAACAGUAGGGGGCGCUGGAGUCCCAUCAGUGGUUCACCAUUAUGAACCAAGCAAGCACUUAUUCUAAGAUAUGUAAUAAUAAUAACCUGUAAUAACAAACAUAUUAA